AAUGUGUUUUAAAUUAUAAAAUGUAUUUAUUUUAAAUAUUCGGGUUGCUGUAUUAGAAGAGUUUUGAACAUAAAAGUAAAGCCCAUCGGCGAGUCUUCGCUCGUGUUCGAGAUUUUUUUUGAAAGACGGUCCCUAGUCUGAUCCUUCCUGCACCGCUGCGGCAUGGCUACGAGUCCGAAGAAGGAGACUGACCUCUACCGGGACACCUGGGUACGAUUCCUGGGUUAUGCCAAUGAGGUUGGUGAAGCAUUUCGAGCUCUGGUGCCAGUGGGUCUGGUCUGGGCAACCUAUGGUGUGGCCACUGCCUAUGUGACUGCAGAUGCCAUUGACAAGGGCAAGAAGGCAGCAGUGGCGCAUGGAGAGUCGCCAGGGAAAAGCACAAGAGUGGCCAUUGCAGUAGUGGAUACUUUUGUGUGGCAGGCCCUCGCCUCUGUGGCCAUCCCCGGAUUCACCAUCAACAGGGUCUGCGCUGCCUCUCUCUUUCUGCUGGCCAAGACAACACGGUGGCCCCUGCCUGUGCGCAAGUGGACCACCACAGCUAUCGGCCUUUCGACAAUCCCCUUCAUCAUCAAGCCUAUUGACAGGUCAGUGGAUCACCUCCUGGACUGCAGCCUGCGGAAGGUCUAUGGGGGAGAGCAGAGCCACAAGCCAUAGCUGGGUGACCGUCCUCCUGGCACGGACAGAUUCCUCAGGGCUGCACCUUUGUGCUAUUGAGAAAAAGGGUGGAGGUGGAGGUGGUGGUGGUGGGGGGGGGGGGGGGGGGGGGGGUGUCAGCUGCCUUUAACUUGACCAGACUUGUUCGGUAUGUGAGCCAAAAUGGACGUUAACAUUGAACCUUUGGUCGGUGGUUGGCAGCAGAACUCUGGCACGUCUUCGUUUAAAUACACGACAGAGAAUGAGACUUCUGGGGAGCAUUCUGAAAACAUCACGUAACAUCAAGAGGACAAUUUAUAUUUUAUGAAACGUUUUGCGCGAGUGUGGUUAUUUUUUGUUUCAGGUUUCUGUUCAAGUUAAAUUUGCGUAUUUCAAAUAUUAAUGAAGAGUCGGACGUCACCGCAGCAGGAUGGGCGCCGGUGGCUCACGCGUCCUAAACGAGAGGUCGUAUCACCGCCGCUUGGACUGGAGCUGGAAAAAGCCGUCCUCACACCCGCUCUUUAUCAGAAAUGUAAAGAAGGAGGGCAUUAGAGGAUUGGAAAUAUUAAAAUGUGUGCUGAAGUUGAAA